AUGUCGCCGUCUUUCGUCUGUCUCUUUGUGGGGAGGGGUGCCGCACUUCCUGGACACCCCUUCUUUGAUUCGCUCAUCAAUCUCUUCUCUGAGCAAUCGAUAAUCUUUUGUGCUAUGAUUGUUGCUGCGAUGAAACACAGCAAGAUGCCCAGGAUCCUCCUCGUAUUGCGGUUCCUCAUCCUCGUACUUGAGCCCUCUGCAGCCGAGGAUAUUGGCAUUUACUGGGGUCAAAACGGCAAUGAGGGAAGCCUUAAUGAAACAUAUGCAACAGGAUUAUACUCCUAUGUCAAUAUAGCCUUCCUUUCCACCUUCGGAUAUGGCAAAAUCCCUCGUAUCAACCUCGCAGGUCAUUGUGACCCUUCUUCUAUUGGGUGCACUAAAAUUGGCAGAGACAUUAGGAAUUGUCAAAAGCAAGGGAUCAAGGUCAUGCUCUCCAUCGGAGGAGCAGCUGUGAGCUAUCUAGCUUCCUCUGCGGAUGCUAAAAAUGUCUCAGAUUACUUAUGGGACAAUUUUCUGGGUGGCUCCACGUCAUCACGUCUACUUGGAGAUGCAGUAUUAGAUGGUAUUGAUAUUUUCAUGGGCCAAGAUAUACCAUACGUGGAUGACCUUGCACGUUACCUUAAGUCACACACAAAUGUGUACUUGUCUGCAGCACCCCAGUGCUCAUUCCUCGAUCACUGGGGUACGGCCCUUGAUACUGACCUUUUUGAUUAUGUUUGGGUACUAUUCUACAACCACCUUUCAUGCGAUUAUACACAAGGAAAUUUCGAUAACUUUGUCAAUUCAUGGAAACGAUGGACGACAUCAUUAAAAGGUGGAAAAAUAUUUCUGGGGUUGCCAGCAGAUUCAGCAUCAGCUACAAGUGGUUAUGUUCCAGCAGAUGUAUUAAUAUCCACGAUACUACCAGCAGUAAAGGAGUCACCAAAUUAUGGAGGUGUGAUGUUGUGGUCAAGGUUCUCUGAUAAAAACAGUGGCCACAGUUACUACUAG